UCUCUCGCUCGCUCGCUCUGUCGCUCUCUCGUUCGCUCACUCCCUCGCUGUCUCUCGCUCUCUUUCUCUCACGCGCGGUGAGCAGCUCUACGUCGCUAACGUGAACGCGCACCGCGUAUACCGUACCGCCGCCGCCGCCGCUGCUGCUGCUCUGCCACCGCCGCAGCCGUAGCCGCAGCAGCCGCGCGCGCGAGAGACACACGAAGCAGCAGCCGGAGAGGCGCGCGCUGUACUCUCGUCCGCUCGCUCUCUACGUCUCUCUCUCUCCGUCUCUCUCUUUCGCGUUUGUGUGCGCGAGGGUGACAUUUGGGAUAUUUUUCCACGGUGCGGCCGUGAGAGCGAGACGUUCGUGCUACCGUGUGUUGUGACCGCCGGCUUGUUGUGCGCGCUGAUCGUAUCGCCCAGCGUCGACCAGCAGCAGCAGCACGGCACCCCAGGUGGAGCUUCGGCAUCCCCAGCCACGGUGUGGAUAAAUGCGCGAGACGGACCGCUGGUGCCGUGCUGAGUCGCCGUGCUAUCCAGGAAGUGGGCGCACCGCCAUGCCUUCCGCGAGAAUGCUCGCGGUGGCCGUCUGGUGAACGCGCGUGACUCUCGGACGACCGGUCGACGUGCACCUGGUCGUUAACCUCUUUCCGUCUCUCUUUCUCUCUUUCUCUCUGUCUGUGUUUCCCUCGCCGUUUCUUCAUCUGGCCGUCGCUCGCAGCCAGCGCGUCGUGGACACGGUGUGCUAGUGGCCAUGAGUCUGGUCUUCUCGCCGUCCAGCACCAGUGAGGUCUGAUAUUGUUGACUGUCCUGAUCGACGCCAGCCAGCCAUGAAAACCGAGAAGAAGCCCAACGAGCCUAGCUGUGUGCCCACUACGGUUGUCAAGGAUGAGCCUGACGCCGACCCGGUUAAGAUCAAGGAGGAAGGUCCUGGUGGUAACAACGACGACACGACCGGCGAGGACACAGCUGAGUGUCCCAGGGACCCAUGCUUGGAUCUGCCCAAUGGCGAAGGUACGAUGCCUGGGGAGAAUCAAAAUACCAAUGGGAAUCAGCCGAUCUUGAAUUCGGUCAAGCAAGAGGGAGAUCCUAAUAAUCCUACUGACGAUCUACCUGAUUGUAGUGGAAAUGUUAUUACAGCGGACGGCAUUCAACCACUUGUUAGUAAUGUGCUGGGAAAACAGAUGGGGACUAACGCGGGCAGCGGGGAGGCUCAAUAUAUGCAGCAGCAGAGCCAAAUUUAUGUAUUUUCUACACUACUAGCGAAUAAAGGCGCGGAUGCUGUGAUGAGGGGCGAUUAUCCGUCAAUCAUCGACUUUCAUCGUGCUCAACCAAACACUAAAAAGUAUUUGGAGAAACAUCCCAAUAAAGUAAAUCAAUUUCGCCAAAAUCCUGCUCAAUGGUUAAAUAAUCUUGCUAUGAUGAAACAGAAAGGCCAUCAGGGAAAUACGAAUAAUACUUUUCCGACUGAACAACCCCCGGAUUUACCAGCACUAGACCCAAAUGCUACGCAAUAUUGGAACGAGCAACCUAACUUGCGAAACAUAAACGGUGGAAACUCUCUUAAUUCUGAACCAUCAUUGGAUGAUGGUAACAUAGACGUGCCUUGCCUUGUGCCGAAUUCACCUGGUAAUUCGGCCAAUCCUCAACCCGCUAAUAACGCUAUCAUGGGCCACAGUCCUAACAUAACAAGCCCAGGCCCGGGAGGUCUGCAGCCAUCACUUCAAGGUGUUAAAGUUCCGGACGAAAAUCUGACACCGAAACAAAGACAGCACAGAGAAGUCCAGCUGGCGACCCUGCGGAAAAUGCAGAUGAUGCUGUUUCCUGGGCACAAAGAGGAUCCCGGCAGCACUCUGGAUGCAGCGCAAGGAACAACCGUGUCAUGUCCUCCCUCAAAUGUUCCUCCCGUCAGUGUACCAAAUCAAUGUCCUCCGUCUAUGGAUUGGCACAAAUUGCAGCAUCAGUUUCUCGAUGGCAAAAAUAAGUCAAAUGUGGGUAAUCCGGGUGCGGUGCCGUUGCGCGGCGCCAACAUGGUCGGAGUGCCGCGAAGUCAGGGUCCGCCGCCUCCGUAUCAUCAAACGACCCGGUCCGCGAGCGUACCGAUCGCGAUCCAGAGUCCAAACCCAUCCUCGCCGAACAAUCCGACGAGUAAUCUGUCGCUGCCGUCACCACGCGCGAGUUCGGCCCUGAAUUCACCGGCUGACUGCAACCGACAGUUCCAGCUUGGUAAUCAGAGGACCAGCCACUUGCCGGGACAAAGUCCGACCGGUCAGGAUUCGCCGAAUCCGACGGUCGCCACGGCCGCCACCGCAGUGUCGACGGCUCGACUGAACCACAGCAAUCCGGGAACGCCGGUCUCUCAUUCCCACAUCGCAGCUCUCAGUCCUAGCGGCACCACUGCUCAAAAGGAUGCUUCCCUUGAUUUUCCUAACAAUCAGCCGCCAAAUGUGGACGGUAUGUUUUGCCGAACACUACAGUCCUUAGCUCAACAAAAGCAGCAACAUACCGGUGCCGUGAACGCAUCGGCCGUGAAGGAGGCGAACCUCAUGCCGGUACCGAGCCCUCAUCAGCUUCAGUAUCUCAGCACGUUUGAGGGGCAAGAACUGACGAUCCAGAAACAGCCCAACACGAGUCUGAAGGAUGGAAAUUCAACUACGAAUACCGGCAGUACGUCGGAGAUGUCCAGCAGAAUGUUGUCGGGAAGUUUGGACAGCAACAGUCAGUUCCCAACUAGAUCGGAAGGCGCGAGUCCCGUACAGAUGGACAGCAUGAACCGUGGCUUCGCCGGUUCCCUGCACAGUCCUCACACACCGCACACGCCGCACACGCCGGGCAGUGCCGCGCCCCACACCCCGGCGGAUCCCGCGAAACCGGGCAACAAAUCUAGCGCGAGCGCGCAGAGUAGUCCGGCGCCGCACAAUACCAGCAUACCCGACAUGGGUCCCCCGCGAACGGUGCCGGCGUCGCCUACCACGAAACCCGACACAUCAUCACCAUCCGCGAAGGACGUCCAACAACAACAGCAACAACAGCAGCAGGCGCAGUCACAACAGCAGCAGCAGCAGCAACAACAGCAGCAGCAGCAGCAACAACAGCAGCAGCAGCAGCAACAACAACAACAGCAGCAGCAGCAGCAGCCGUCGGUGGUAAACCCGAACAAUUCCGGCAGCACGACAGUAGUGCCAUCGCUGAGCGGUCCUGGCGCUUCGUUUCCGUGCGGCAGGCCGUCCAUAAACGUGAGUCAACCUUCCGACAACGUGCCUCUCAAUCCCAACAACAUCGGCGGCCGACUCGGCAGCUUGACCGCCAUGAGUACAAAUCACUUCGACCCCAUAACGUCCUUGGCGCAGAUGAGUCAGCAGCUGACGAACACCGCGGCGAGCAACUCUCUGGGCAACGAGCCUAUGCACUCCGGUAACGCCGGUAUAAUGCCGUUCGGCAACCCCCACGGCAUGCACAUGAUGCAGAUGGGCGGGGAGAUGAACGGCAGUUGCCACAUGGGCCCCAGCAAUGAGCCCGGCGAGGUAGGCGGUAUGUGCAUGGGUCUGGCGGGCGCGCCGACGAGCUACAGCCCUACCACGUCGCACACCGGCAGCCCCGGCGUGCCUAGCAAGAUGGGCCACCCGAUGAUGAGCCACGGGAUGAUGGGCGGCCACUCGGCGACCGCCGCCGGUGCGUAUCCCGGCGAGACCCACGCUCCGCCACCGAGACUGAUGACCAGCCACGUCGCCGGACCCAGCCCCUACAACGGCGCGAACGUCCAGGUGAAGCCCAGCGCGCCCAAUACUAUACAGUACUUGCCGGCGAGGCCGAACGUCGGCCACGCGCCGCGGGGCCCCCCCAGCCUGGACUUCCUCCAGCGAUUCACCAACCCCCUGUCCAACCUGGAAUCGAAGAUGGGCACACCGUCGGUGAACCUCCAGUACUUCCCCAACGGCUGUGUGCCGAACAGUAUGGGCCCGCACAGCGGUAUGCCGUCCACCAUGAACGCCGGGAUCCCCAUGGGAGGCUCGCCCAGGAUGGACGGCCAGUCGAUGAACACCAGUGGCGUGCACCCGUCGAUGAGACCGGUCGGCAACAUGCGGCCGCAGCCUAAUCUCAUGCGUAUGCAGCACAUGGUGGGCGGCGGUGUCUUUCCAGGCGGUUCCAUGGAUCCCGACAAAGUCUUCCCGCCUGACAUGGUGUCGCAGGUGCCGAACCAACCGAAUCCGGGCAUGUACGUGUCCGGCAGCAAGGGCAGCCCGAUGGGCCUCGGCCCGCCACCGGACGCCACCCAGCCAUUACCGCCCAGUAUGGGCAGCGCCACCAGCAACUUCAAGAACAGCCCGUUCGUCGGCAGCGGACCCAGUAUGUCCGAUCCGAAUUACGCUCAACAGUUUCACAACUUCCAGCAGCAACUCUACGCCACCGGCACCAGAGGCAGCGGGCCGCCCCAUCCUAACCUGCACCCACCGCCGAACUCGCAUUCGCAUCAGCAGUUCUUCAUGCCGAAGUAAACGCCGCCCCGGCUAAUCCAUAUCACGACGACGACGACGAUGAUGAUGACGACGAUGACGACGAUUACUACGGUGGCCUUUCAGCGUCCCUCUUUCUCUCUUUCUCCUCUCUCAUUCACAUACUAUCUCUCUCUCUCUCUCUCUUUCUCUCUGUAUCUUUU